UGGAACACUGUGUUUCUCGGACGUCCUCACUGGGUUUGAACGCAGCUUGACCUUUCACCUAGUCUGUAACCCACAGACAGUCAGUCAUGUGUUUGGUGUAACGUGUUACAGUGUGUGUUUAACGUUGCCGUUCUGAGCCGGUGUCAGCGGUCACCGUUUACCAGAUUCCCCACAACACAGCAGGGAGUUAGCGACUAACGGCUAAUAGCUAGCAGGCUAACGGGUUAACCGGCGGAGAUGGAGGAGUUUCUGUCAAACUGCUGCCGAGCCGUGAAGACAAAUGCGAAUCAGACAAGGUUCCAUGUUGUGUUGGGAAACGAGGCCUGUGAUCUGGACUCUAUGGUGUCAGCUCUGGCCUAUGCCUACUUCCUGUCCAAGAUAGUUCACAGUGAGGUGGUGGCUCUCCCUCUGCUCAACAUCCGUCAGGCUGAGUUUGUUCUGCGCUCUGAUAACCUGUUCCUGCUGCGGCAGACAGGUGUGUCACCUGACCUGCUGCUGUUCAGAGACCAGGUGGACCUGAAGGCGCUACAUAGAGAUGGACGACUGAGACUGACGCUGGUCGACCACAAUGUCCUGCCCAGUUCCGAUUCUGACCUAGAGGAGGCAGUGGUGGAUGUCAUCGACCAUCACCUGUUGGAGAGAGAGCCCUCUGCCUCCUGUCCUGUUACCGUGGAAAUGGUGGGAUCCUGCACCACCCUGGUCACGGAACGUAUCAUCCAGAAAGCUCCGGCUCUGCUGGACCAACAGCUGGCUCAGCUGCUCUAUGCCACUAUCCUAUUGGACUGUGUGAACAUGGCUCCAGCUGCAGGUAAAGUGACUCCUAAAGACAGUCAGUACGUAGCGAUGCUGGAGGCGCGAUUCCCUGCUCUGCCACCGAGAGGUGCUCUUUUCACGGCGCUGCAAAACGCCAAGUUUGACGUCUCAGGUUUGAACACAGAGCAGAUGUUAUUGAAGGAUAUGAAGGCCGUCUCUGGAAGUUUGAAUCUGGCUGUUUCUGUUCUGUACAUCAAACUGGAGGACUUCCUGCAGAGGGCGGGGCUGGAGGCGGAACUCUCAGACUUCUCUCAGAAGUUUGGCUUUGAUUUGCUGGUGCUGAUGACCAUCUCCUUCACUGAGAACAAAGAACCAAUCAGAGAGCUCGCUGUGUUCAGCCACAGCACCACCUGCAGGAAUGAAAUGAGCCUCUACCUGGAGCAGGCCCGUAACCCCACCCUCAACCUGUGUCCACUCAGCAGCCCCUACCCUCACAUCACAGCCUAUCACCAAGGCAACACACUCGCCUCUCGUAAGAAGGUCCUCCCCAUUGUUAAGGACUUUCUGAAGGAGCAAGAUGGGGGCGGAGCUUGUCGCUUAGGAGACGGGGAUGAAGAGGAUGAGUCUCAAGUUCCUCCAACACCGAUGAACAGUCUGGUGGAAGGCUGUCCACUGGACGAUGGGCCACCCCAGAUCAGCGCUCAGGCACUUGAAGAAAAGUUCAGCAAGAUGGCAGAGGGAGGUGGGGCCGGAAACUGACAGAGCCACGCCCACCUGUCAAUCAUCCCGACAGCCGACAAACGGCGAGAGCACACGGUCAGAGUGUGAGACAAGUCAGGCACUGAUCAAUGACCGGUCAAUCAGAUCAAUCAGAUCGAUUAGGACAGUUUGUGGUUUAAUGAUGUCACUUCCUGUGGUGAGUCACUGAAACAUGAGUGAGAUGACAGACUUUUUCAUCAUUUAUUCCAUAUUGAUGAAUAUUGAUAUUUAUUAUAAGGGAUAAUAUGGAGUGAAGUGGUUGUUAUAGUAACAUAAUGUGAUGCAGAUUUUCAUCAUCUUGAAGGUGUUUGUUCUACAAUAAUGACCAAGUCACUGUACAUUAUCCCACUCAUUACUGAACUAUUUAAUAAAAAAAAGUCUAUUUUGACAAGUACUGAUA